AGAACUCUAUAAGCUACAGUGUGUAUGGAGCCCAUAGCAACACCUCUGCUUUGCUGGCUUCAAGCUCUCCAUUGUUGGCCUUUUAUGGGGCUUGUCUGCUGAGAGAAAUAGAGAGAUAGAGAGAGGAAGUUUCAGUUGGGCCAAUCUUUUUAAACAUAUAGACCCUGGUUUUUUGACAAGUCCCAUUUCACUUGGUGCUGCUCUUUCUCAACUACUAUAUAUCAAUAUCAUCUUCCACACACCACUAGAAAAGAAUAGAAAAAGCAAAAACAACAAAAACCCACUUCUUGUUUUUGUUUUUAUUUUUUGUUCCUCUCUUUGAUUUGUUGGAUCCACAGAUCUAAUGCUUUGGCACAAAACCCACAUGAACUUUUCCUUGUUCUCUCCAGAUCCUCCUCUUGUUCAACUCUAGCACGCAGUAGCUUUCAGGAAACAGCCAGUUUAUUUGGUUUCUGAUUGAACAAGUAUUGAUUUUUAUGGUGUUUUGUUGUUGAUGCUGUUAUAGUGUAUGGUUAUUGGUGUGGAGUUUAGGAAAAGAUAAUUCACAAUUGGGAAUUUUGGGUUAGAGUGGUUUUUGAUGGUGAUGAGAAUUUGGAGGGUUGUUUGGAUGAGAUGAGGGAUGUUAUCGGAGUUGAUGAACUUUCUCAGGGCCUGUUUUCGGCCCAGGUCCAAUCGAUAUGUUCAUACAGGUUCAGAUGCAGGGGGUCGCCAAGAAGGGUUAUUGUGGUAUAAAGACAGUGGACAGCACUUGAAUGGUGACUUCUCUAUGGCUGUAGUCCAAGCCAACAAUUUGCUUGAGGACCAGAGCCAGAUUGAGUCAGGCAGUUUGAGUUUGAAUGAGACCGGCCCCUUUGGCACCUUUAUUGGGGUCUAUGACGGGCACGGGGGGCCUGAGACGUCACGCUAUGUCAAUAAUCACCUGUUUCAACAUCUCAAGAGGUUUGCUGCAGAGCAACAAUCGAUGUCAGUGGAUGUAGUAAGGAAAGCAUAUCAAGCAACAGAAGAUGGGUUCAUGUCUCUUGUUACCAAACAAUGGCCAUUGAAACCACAGAUUGCAGCAGUUGGGUCAUGCUGUCUUGUUGGUGUUAUUUGUAAUGGAACCCUCUACAUUGCCAACCUUGGUGAUUCCCGUGCUGUCCUGGGAAGAGUUAUGAAAGCAACAGGGGAGGUUCUAGCCAUCCAAUUGUCAGCAGAGCACAAUGUAUGUAUAGAGUCUGUCAGACAAGAGUUGCAUUCUUUACAUCCUGAGGACCCACAGAUUGUAGUUUUGAAGCAUAAUGUAUGGCGUGUAAAGGGCCUUAUACAGAUUUCUAGAUCUAUUGGUGAUGUGUAUUUAAAAAAGGCUGAGUUCAACAGGGAGCCUUUAUAUGCUAAGUUUCGCCUUCGUGAACCUUUUAAAAAGCCGAUACUAAGCGCUGAACCAACAAUUUCUGUGCAUCAAUUGCAACCCCAUGAUCAAUUUAUUAUAUUUGCAUCUGAUGGGCUUUGGGAGCACCUUACCAAUCAGGAAGCUGUUGACAUGGUUCAAAAUCAUCCACACAGCGGAAGUGCUAGAAGGCUGAUAAAAGCUGCUUUGCAAGAAGCAGCAAAGAAGAGAGAAAUGAGAUAUUCGGACUUGAAGAAGAUAGACCGUGGGGUCCGUCGCCAUUUCCACGAUGACAUUACAGUGAUUGUUGUAUUUCUUGACUCAAAUCUCGUGAGCAGGGCUAGCUCAGUCAAGUCCCCGAGUAUAUCCGUGAAGGGGGGUGGAAUAAACCUGCCUCAUAACACACUUGCUCCUCUUACUACGCCAAUGGAAGCUGGCAGUACCUAAUUAAGCUUUAUCUCAUAUUUGUCUGUUGUAUUAUUCUCUAUGUGAAUACCAGGUAGCUUCCAGAAGAGAUCAGAGGAGCAGGCCUUCUUCAAUUCUUUAGUGUAAACUGUAACUUUUAACUCAAAACUAAUACUUGCAUUUAGCUCUUGUGCCAAAAGUUAAAAGAACUGGAGAAAGAGAACUUAAUAGGCGACAGUUAUUAUAGUUAUUUCCUCGGCACAGUUCUUACCCUCUAUUAAUUUUUUUCCCCUUACUCCA